UCAAGCGCGCAGUAACAGCCCACACGUAGCCUAUGCUGAGCGAGCGCGCGGAGCGGAGAAGCGCCUGGCAGACCCGGAGCGCAGGGCGAGGCAGCCAAACCGCUGUCUGUCAUUAGCUGGGAGUGUGACAGAGGAGUGACAGAGGGGAGAGAGGAGAAGGAGGGAGGAGUGAGCGGUCCCGGUAAGCAGACACACCGGCCUAAGAGGACAGGAGAAAAAAAGAAGAUCGCCGGACCCCGAGAGAGAAAGGGGAGAGAGGAAGAGAGUGGGAGACUGACAGGCGUUACCAAAAGACGAACCGAAGCGUCGACAUGAGCGGUCAGUUUGAGGAAGAUAUCCACAACCGGGGUGAGAGGAAGAGCAGUAAAUCCCCGACACUGCUCUCCUCUUACUGCAUAGACAGCAUUCUGGGCCGCAGGAGUCCCUGUAAGGUCAGACUGAUAGGGGCUCAAAGUUUGACGGGUCUGCCCGGCAGAGUGGAACUCGACAAGACCGCCGACGGGCCAACGAAAGAACCUCUUUCUCUCAGCGCUGACAUGCACCUGCCUCCUAAGCUGCGCCGACUGUACGGACCUGGUGGGAAGUACCUCCAUGAGCACGCAGAAAAGCUGGACAGGGAAAGGCUCCUCCUGGAGCAAGCCAGCGAGAAUCUCAAAAUCAGCCAGGCGCCACAGGUGAGCAUCAGCCGCAGCAAGUCCUACCGAGAGAACGCGUCACUGAGCCGGGGAGAGGGCGAUCAGAGCCCCGGAGAGGCCUCGGAGGACGGCAGCAUGGGACUGGUGGAGCUCGGUCCGUUGAAAUUCGAGGAGGGCGGGAAGGAGGAAGAGGGCUGCGGGGACGCGGUGGCGCUAUCUCCGAAGGACGAAGAAAGGGAGAGCUUGAACGCCGGGGAUGGGGACGUGAGGGACGGGGAGGACAGCGUGUGUCUGUCGGCGGGCAGUGACUCAGAGGAAGGGAUGCUGAAACGGAAGCAGAGAAGAUACAGGACUACCUUCACCAGUUACCAGCUGGAGGAGCUGGAGAGAGCGUUCCAGAAGACGCACUACCCCGACGUCUUCACCAGAGAAGAGCUCGCAAUGCGCCUGGAUCUCACCGAGGCCCGCGUUCAAGUGUGGUUUCAGAACCGCAGGGCCAAGUGGAGGAAGCGUGAGAAGGCCGGGGUGCAGGCCCACCCGUCAGGCCUGCCAUUCCCAGGGCCUCUUGCAGCGGGCCAUCCUCUCAGCCACUACCUAGAGGGAGGGCCCUUCCCUCCUCACCCGCAUCCAGCCCUGGAGUCUGCAUGGACGGCUGCCGCAGCUGCAGCUGCAGCCUUCCCCGGCCUGGCUCCACCGCCUCACAACGGCUCUGGCCCACCCUUGGCAACCCCACUCGGCCUGGGCACUUUCCUGGGCACAGCCGCUAUGUUUCGCCACCCUGCCUUUAUUGGACCCACUUUUGGCAGGCUCUUCUCCAGUAUCGGUCCUCUGACCAGUGCUUCCACCGCUGCAGCUCUUCUCCGUCAGCCCGCACCUCCUGUAGAGAACCCCUCCCACACGGGCCCCGUCCUCCCUGACCCAUCCUCCUCUUCCUCCACUACUCCUUCUUCAGCCGCAGCAGACCGCAGGGCCUCCAGUAUCGCCGCGCUGCGCCUCAAGGCCAAGGAACACUCAGCUCAGCUCACCCAACUAAACAUCCUGCCCACCGGAGCCGCAGGGAAGGAGGUGUGCUGAACACUCCACACCAGCUCUAGACCUCUCCGUCCUGGGCUUAUGUCCCAUUCCAUGAUACCCACCCACCCAAAAUGCCCCCAAACACCUCAUUCAUAUCUCUGGAGGCUGAAGUCCUGAUGUUACCCCCACCUCCCAUUUUAAACUGUCCCUGUUACCUCACCCCCCCAGCCCCACCCCCCCAAAAAAGCACGACCAAAUUUAAAGGAGCACUGGUUUAAUAAGGUGUGUGUUUGUGUGUGUGUGUGGUAAUUGCAGCUAUUAUAACAUUGCUUUACACUCCAUACACACUUUUCUGAAAGACAGUCCACUAAAUUACAUAUUUUUUUUCCACUGAAAGAGCAAUUAGAAUAUUUUAAGAUGCAGUUUAAAAGAACUCAUUUUUAAAAUUAUUUCUUGAUUAUUUCACAAUAUAUUAUACAUGAACAGGGCUCAUUUAUAUACCAUAUGUAUACAAAAAUAUAAAUAAAUAAAAAUAAAUAAACAUAUCACCAGUGGAGGAAUGUGGCAGUUAAUUUACCAAAAUAAUGUACCUAAGUAAGUAAUUAGUUGAGUAUUUCUACUUCACUUUGCUACAUUUCAGAGGCCCUUACAUUAUUUUAUUGUAAUAUAAAACUACAAUUUAAUUAGAAAUUUAAAACUUCCCCCACAAUACUUUUGAAAGUUAACAAAAAUGUUUACAACUAUUUCCACUCAUUGUAAUCCAUUUUAAUCUAAUAAAUUCUGUUCAUAAUUAAAAUAACAUAAUGUGUAUGACACUAACUCUGCGUUUUUAAUCCACCGUUUCUGUGCAUUUUUAUAAUUAUGCUUCUCUGCAUUCACUUAUUUUGAAAACACUUUUUCUUUUAACUGGACUGUCUUUAGGCUCUCUCUCUCUCUCUCUUUAACACACACACACGCACGCACACACGCACGCACACACGCACGCAGUGAGAGCUGGAGAACCGCAGGGGAACCCAGACUUUUAGAAAGAAAUCUUGUGCUACUUCAAAUGUGGACAACGCGAGUGCUCGACAUUAACACUGCUUAAUCUGUAUGCAUUGAUGUGGGCUGAGCAGGUCUGCAUCUAUAACAAAGGCGUGUUGGAGGAGGUCCACCCUGAACCAAAGGAAAACUGUCCAUAGACCUUCCAUAGCCUUCUCCUCUCCACUGCUCGCCUAUCCGACAGUCACACUCAGCCCUCACAUUCACAUAUACAUAUAUAUAGAUAUAUAGAUAGAUAGAUAGGCCUAUAUUUUUAAAUCCCUGUAUCAAUUCAGUGUGAUUUAAGGUGGUUUGAGUCCACGUCAGCGCGAAAUUUCUGUAAAUUUACGGCAAUUUUCUCCUCCCUGUCUGAUUAUCGCAGCAGUGGCAUUUCCGCUGGGUCUGACUGCAGGGCACGCGAGCAGCGUUGAGAUCUGAGGUGUUUCUUUAAUGACCUGACUGUGUGAGAGAAAACUGUACAUAUUGUGUAAAAAAAAAAAAAAAAAAAAAAAAAAAGAGGUGGGUGGGAGUACAAAAAAAAAAAAAGAUUUUCAAAACAAGGUCGUGUAUAUUUCAAGAGACCGUGUUUUGAUCCUUUGCACUCGGUGUAGUGUUUAAUGAAUGUCGCCCUGUGUAGAAUUCCACCCGUGUUUAUGAAUUAUUAGGUUUUUAGAUAAUUAUUUAUGUCAAAACCUUUCCCCCUAAGGAAAUGAGUGAAGGACGUUUUUUUUCUCUUCUUCUUAUUAUAUUAAGUGAUUGUAAG